UGUUGUUGUGGUGUCUGCCCUUUUCUUUCACUCACCCUGCCCCCCUUGCUCUGUCCUCGUCACCCGCCCCCUUUCUCUCUCUCCCUCGCUCCUUGAGUCUCCAGUCUGCUUCUGUUGUCUCGGCGACUGGUAGGGUCAGGGAGAGAGGAUCUCGCGAGUCUUGGAGUUUUGGUGAGAGUUUGUGGAAGAUGGCGCCUGUUGUGACAGGGAAGUUUGGGGAGCGCCCUCAACCACAGCGCCUGACGAGAGAAGCCAUGCGGAAUUACCUGAAGGAACGAGGAGACCAAACUGUGCUCAUCCUACACGCUAAAGUUGCACAGAAAUCAUACGGCAAUGAAAAAAGGUUUUUCUGUCCUCCCCCUUGUGUGUAUCUGAUGGGCUGUGGAUGGAAGAAGAAGAGGGAGCAGAUGGAGCGAGACGGCUGUUCCGAGCAGGAGUCUCAGCCCUGCGCCUUCAUCGGCAUCGGCAACAGUGACCAGGAGAUGCAGCAGCUAAACUUAGAGGGGAAGAACUAUUGCACAGCCAAAACAUUGUACAUCUCAGACUCAGACAAACGCAAGCACUUCAUGCUGUCGGUGAAGAUGUUCUACGGGAACAGCACAGACAUCGGCGUCUUCCUCAGCAAGAGGAUCAAGGUCAUCUCCAAACCUUCCAAAAAAAAACAGUCCCUCAAAAACGCAGACCUCUGUAUAGCAUCAGGAACGAAAGUGGCGUUAUUUAACCGACUUCGCUCACAGACGGUCAGUACACGUUACCUGCACGUAGAGGGAGGAAACUUUCACGCCAGCUCACUGCAGUGGGGAGCUUUCUACAUCCACCUCUUGGAUGAUGAAGAGUCGGAGGGAGAGGAGUUCACUGUGCGAGACGGCUACAUUCACUAUGGUCAAACUGUCAAACUCGUGUGCUCUGUGACGGGCAUGGCUCUUCCUCGACUGAUCAUCCGUAAGGUGGAUAAGCAGACCGCCUUGCUGGAUGCAGAUGACCCCGUCUCUCAGCUGCAUAAGUGUGCCUUUUACCUGAAGGAUACGGAGAGGAUGUACCUGUGCCUUUCUCAAGAGAGGAUCAUUCAAUUUCAAGCUACUCCAUGCCCAAAGGAACCAAAUAAGGAGAUGAUAAAUGAUGGUGCCUCCUGGACAAUCAUCAGCACUAAUAAAGCAGAAUACACCUUCUAUGAGGGCAUGGGCCCUGUACACACCCCCGUCACACCCGUGCCUGUGGUCGAGAGCUUACAGUUAAAUGGUGGAGGAGACGUAGCAAUGCUGGAGCUGACAGGACAGAACUUCACUUCAAAUCUGCGGGUGUGGUUUGGUGAUGUAGAGGCUGAAACCAUGUACAGGUGUGGCGAGAGCAUGCUGUGCGUCGUCCCAGACAUCUCGGCGUUCCGCGAGGGCUGGCGGUGGGUGCGGCAGCCGGUGCAAGUCCCUGUAACGCUGGUGCGUAACGAUGGUAUCAUCUAUUCCACGACGCUCACGUUCACAUACACACCCGAACCCGGUCCCCGUCCACACUGCAGCGCAGCCGGCGCCAUCCUCCGAGCGGGCAACACCAGCUUGCUGCUCUCCACGACCGGCAACAGCGCAGGAGGGAACGGAGAAACGGUGCCCUACGGUGCCAACAGCACAUCUAACGCUGUCACAGCGGCGUCCUCUAAUGCAGCCGCGGCUGUGGUGUUAUAACACGCAGCAGCGCUCACAAACUCACAAUGUGCUAUGCGUGAAACAAAUUCAACAGACUACAAACUGUUUGUAAAAGUGCUGCAUAUUGAAUUUCAACAUGCAAAAACAAGGGAUAGAUGGGUGAAAAAGGCAAAACCUGUGGCAAGGACAAAAUAUUUGAGAAUGGUGCUCCUGUGCCCUCUUGUUGUUUUCUCUAAGGAGCCGGUGUGGUGCUAGCAAUAGACAAUGCCUGAGAGGAAACACCAGCACCGGACAACGGGUGUAGAAGACAUGGAGACAAGACCACAGCAAUGAUACAUCAGCCGUGUACAAAAUGCGUCGACUGAAAAUGAUGUUCAGUCUCUUAUGUUUUUUCCUUCCGGUCUGUGAAUGCGAUUGGGUGAGAUGUAUCAUAGCCUGGGAGGCCUAAACUCACACUGAAAAUGGUCACAUUGAAAUUGUGAGAUGACAGUUUUUAUGGACCACGGAUAUUGUAUAAGCUUUAGUAAAGGUACUUUUUUUUUUUUUUCUCCAUACCUUUUUUAUAUCAAACAUUAUAGUACGCUUUUGUUACCAAAUAGGUUCUAUUCCUCCUCUGAGCUUUUUCUGUAUAUAGCUGCUUUCGUAUACAUCUGUUCGGUUAGAUUCCUUCAGUUUUGCUACUUU